AUGAUUGUAAAAUUUUUAUUUCAUUUUAUUUGUUCCAUUGGUCGAUUUUUUCGUAAAAUUUUUCAAACGAUUUUUGGAAGACGUCAUGAAGAACUUGGAGUAUCUCUAUCAAAAACUGAACCAGUCACACUUGAACAUAUUCGAAUAAUAAGUGAUAUGGAAAAUGAUUCUAGUCGUCCUUAUCAAUCAUUUACUUCAGUUCCAAAAAUACCAGCAGCAGAAUGGAAUUCUUGGGGUAGAGAAGAUAUAUUUCGGCAAAAAAAUGAUUCACAAAUAAAUGAAAAAAAUGAUGAACAAAUUGAUUAUUUUACUGAUAUUGCAGCAACCGUGAAAAAAACACCUAAAAUUAUAUUAAAAAAACGUCUAAAUGAAAAUGAUAAUCAUUUAAAUACAAAUAAUCAACAUCCUAGUCGAUUACAAAUGACAAAUGAUGAUUUACUUGAUUUUCAACCUGGUCUUAAUGAAUGGCAAGAAGAUGGUAUUCAAUCAUCAACAGUAGGCAAUAGUACUUGGGAUGAUAAUGAUGAUUUUAAUGAACUUUCACAAGAAGCAAAUGAAGCUCUACGAGAAACUCGUCGUAUUGAACGUGAAAGAAAAUUACGUGAACAUCAACAAAGAAAACUUGAAAAAGAAGCAUCAAGAACGUUGCCACAUAAACGUGACAAUUUAUCCUAA